GUUCAGGGAGACUUGUUGGUGGAUGACAAGCCCCGCAUCACUGGAAGCAAGCAGCAAACGUGGAAGCACGUGAUCUUCAGCCAGUCCUACAACAAGGACAUUGAGGGCAAGCCACGACUUUCAUCCUGGUCAUCAUGGCGAAGUGUGUUUGCCGCGGCUGUGUGA